UGUGGGGUAGAAGUCAGGAACCCAUCAGAACUCUGGACAGAGUUAGUUCUCCUGCAUAAGACCAUAGAAUCAACCGGUGACAGAACUGGUGUCCACGUCCAUCUCUUUGUGAAGUGGGAGUAGUGUAGUGAGGUUUGUUGGGAUGAGCUGCCCUUUGGUCUGUUGACCAACAUCCAUUCUGAAUACCUUCAUCCAGACGAGCUGCUGACAGAUCCGGACAUCAUGCAGACCUUUUUGGGGAGCAGGUGUUUCCUCUCAGUUCACAGGAGGACUACUCUCUGCUCCGAGAAGCAGGAGAAGAAAACUAUUCUCUGGCAGAUGCUGGCUGUCCUCGUUGUCGUUGGGGCUGUAGUAUCCGUGGUCCAAGCUGACGUAGAUGCCUUGACGUUAGGGAACAACAGCAGCGAAGAAGACCAUCCUCAACCACGAGCCCUCUCCUCCACUGAAGCUUGGAGCGACUUAGACGGACGAAGUUUCCUCUUUGUAAAAAAAAACCUAACUUGGAUUGAAGCAGAGAAGAACUGUCAGUCCAUGAAGGCAAACCUAGCAUCCGUGCACAGUGAGAAGGAGUACAGGUUUAUCCAGGAGUUAGUAAUUGCCACCACUGGCAAUUCCACCCUAUCUUGGAUCGGGGGUUCCGACUGCCAUCAGGUCGUUUGUGGUUACAUAACGUCGGACUGCAGAAACCCUAAACUGGGAUGAUACAGCCUGUUUCCACUUCCGAACAUCAAUCUGUGCCAGAAAUGUAUAAAAUAAAUCCAUAAUUGACUUACUAUGGAGUCAUUGGAUGAUUAAGAAAAGAAAAGUUUAUGUAUUUUUCUUUUAAAGGACUCUAAUAAAAUUCCUUGAGGAUUUUAGAUCUGAUAAAUGUUGCCUGAUUUCAAAUUUUUUUGUUAUAGCUUAAUGCUGCUCUGUGACUCAAAACAUUAGUUGUUUGGUAUUAUACUUAGUAGAAAAUGUUAAAAAUAGAAAUGACGGUUGUGCUCCUUUACCACAUGAACAUGUGUUGUAUUUUACAUUCUUCUUUAAGAAGACACUAAAUAAAAAACAUUUUUAUA